GACAACUUCUGAAAUUCCUCCAUUACAAUCUAAAUCCAUCUACAUCUUUCUUUUUUAUCGUACGAAUUUGCUGAGGGGACACUAUAAAGUACAAAUGUUUUUAAUUGUGACAUACUGGAGACUUAAACUGCCGAGUUUCCAAUGAAAGCAUGAAUGCAACUCCAAAGGAAUGCGACGGAAGCGGAAAGAUGCGCGGUGACGUAAUGUAAAAGCUCCUGACAGUCCAAGUCGGUUGGUCAACAACAGUUGAAGAGUGAAAACUUUAGUAAACUUUAAUAGUAAGACGAAAGAAACGUAUUUCAACUAUUCUCACCCAUACGUGUCUUUAUCAAAGUGUGUUUAGGUGUACAAAUGUGGUAUUAUUGAUGGAUUCGAGGUACGAAAUCCAGCGGAGGGUCGGUGGCGGGGGCUCUGCUAAUGCGUCCCCCGCUCUGGGGGCUCAGUCUCGCCGUAGAAAAAUGCCACCCAGACCCGCUGAUUAUAAACUUCAAAUCAUCAUUAUCGGCAGCCGUGGUGUUGGCAAAACAAGCCUCAUGGAAAGAUUUACCGACGAUACCUUUUGCGAAGCAUGCAAGUCAACCGUUGGAGUAGAUUUUAAAAUCAAAACAGUUGAGCUGAGAGGGAAGAAGAUCCGGCUGCAGAUAUGGGAUACUGCUGGUCAGGAGAGAUUCAACAGCAUCACCUCAGCUUACUACAGAGGGGCCAAGGGAAUCGUGCUCGUCUACGACAUCACCAAGCAGGAAACCUUUGAUGACUUGCCCAAGUGGAUGAAGAUGAUAGACAAGUAUGCAUCAGAGGAGGCCGAGCUCCUGCUCGUGGGGAACAAGCUGGACUGUGAGACUGACCGCAUCAUCACUCGACAGCAGGCUGAGAGGUUUGCCUCGCGAAUUUCCGGGAUGCGCUUUUGUGAGUCUAGCGCCAAGGAUAACUUUAAUGUGGAUGAGAUCUUUCUAAAACUGGUGGAUGACAUUCUUAGCAAGAUGCCGCUGGAAAUGACCAACAAUGAGCUUUCCAACAGCAUCCUGUCUCUGCAGCCUGAACCGGAAGUGCCUCCAGAGCUCACCCCUCCCCGCAUGCGCUGCUGUUGAGUGGACCCCCCCAUUGACCCCCCCCCUCCAUUCUACCUGCACAUGCAGUGAACCAUUCUGGCCACCAGAGGGUAGCAUCGAGCAGCUGUCUGGAAUUGUGAGAGUCAGUGGCUGCUGCAAGAGGCUCAGUGUCUCCACUUGAUUUGCCCUCCUAAUUCACCUCUGUUUUCUGUAGCUGAACUCUAUAGCAUGUACAACAGACAACACACACUAACACAUAGACCUCACCCACCACCUCCACUGUCCAUCCUUGCUCCUGACUACCUCAAGCCCAGGACUGUUCAGCUAGCUGGGCCUCCCAGGUGCCUUCCAGGUAGAGAGCCCUUGGUACCCACUGCACAGCCACACACAUGGGGGGCCAUAGAGACAGGAAACAUGGACUCCUUAUAGAGGGACUAGGGCUGCUUCUCUUCCUACGCCGUAAAAAUGAUUGAAAAGCACAUACACUACGUUAGACUUUGAGUAACUCAUGUCUCUGAUCUCUACAGUUCUGGGGGUAUGGAAAAGGAUGCUCAUAACGCACAUCUCUGAGAGCAGGUUAUUGGACUGCUUGUAGAUACAGAGAUUUCACCCUUUAAGAGUUAUUAAACAAACAGUGACUGCUUGGAAUAGGGCAAGAUAACGUGCAGUUGUUGUUUUUUUGUGAUUGAAGAAAUAAUGUAAAUAUAUUGCUAGAUAGCCCAGCUGAUUUUGGCUGGAUUCCAUUGAAGAGGUUUGUGUGCUGAAUUUUUACGUGUGUAUAUUACUGGCCAAUAAGAAAUAGCCUUGAAGUGGUUGUCAGUUGCAUCCUUUUGCCUUACAGUAUUAGUGGCUGGAAUGGUUCAUGUCACAUUUGUAUCAAUUGUAAUGUUUUGCACUACAAUCCAUUAUAGCUAGUUAAGCUGACAUGCUCAACUGUUUAGCAGACAGUGUAAAAAUAAUUACAGUAUUACUUAGUCUAGGUAGCUAAUGAAAACAAACCUUGUUUAAAUGUUGGACCUUUUGAGUCCCUUCAUUUUGGGCAAACAAGUGCAGGUGCAGAUGGGUCGUGUAGUGAUUAGGGGGCAUUGUGGCUGUGCUCAGAUAUAGAAUAGGUCCAUAAUACUGCACACAGGGAAUCCUGUAUACAGACUGCAAACAUCAUGUUGGUGGAGGAGUACACUUUUUGUUUCUAAACUAAUAUUGUCCAGUUGAUCAUUUUGGUUAUGCUAUUUUUAGAAGCCACUGUGAACAGUCCUUAGUCGUCGUCCGUCCCCCCCCCCAUCUUAUUUUUGGAACAUUCAGAGCUACUGUUUAACACGGUCCACAUUUAUUGCAAGUAAUCUUAAUCCAGACUUUUUCCUGAGACCCCUAAAUUAAAGCAAGUGCAAAGAAAACGUCAAAUCACAAUUCUAGAAUUUUCUGGAUGUAUUCAGAGCCUAUUUGAAAAAUACAGGGUUAUGUUUUGUUGGGAACAGCAUGGGAUGUCCUACAGCACAGUCUGCCCCUAAUAUGUGCAUGUUACUUUAUUAUUAUUUGAGCAAACAACCACAGCUCACAUCAACUGAAUAUAAGUAAUUUAAAAACAGGGACUUUAACUUUGUCUUUUUUUGUAAGUUCUAAACUGUGCUUUGACUAAUUAUUUCACAUUGUGAUUUUUCAAGUAAUACGGUAUGCCUGAUACUUAUAACUGUCAACUAAGCAGUGGUUAGUUAUUCUAUCCCAAAACAUUAUUGCUUGACAGAAGGACCUCCAAUAACCGAAUGUCUGUCCGUAGCCAAGUAUGAAAAGUGUAUAUUAACUUCAAAAACUAGAGAAGUAUUUGUUUCCCUUCUUUUCAAAUGUGCUGGAGCCCUCUGAAGGACCUAGGUCAAAUAUGUUUAAACCUCUGUGUUCUUAUGCAACAGUUUGUGUUUGUUCAUUAAUUCAUUCAUCACUUGUUUUAAUGGUUUGUGUUAAAUGUUUUCUCAAGUUUGUUGGGCUGAAAUUUGUAUUGAUGUACUCCCAUUGAGAAAAAUAAGAUGUAUCAUUCUAUAUAAUCUGUUUUACAAACAAGCAGUUUCUGGAUACAAACUUAUAUCAUAAAUAUAAGUUUCUCCGCACCACAUUAAACCAUACAAGAUGAAAGACUGCACUUUUUAUUAAACCAGUUUCAGAUAUUUGGAAACAGUUGAAGUUUGCAAGGAUUUGUGGUAUUUAUAACUAGUGGCAUUCUCAAACUAAUGAUGUGCAAAUAAAGUAUGUAUUUAUUACCCUAAAAGCUGUCUCACA